ACAAACGCUAAUCGGUGAGUUCAAAUUUUCUAAUAGUUUACAUCAUCUUGACAGUGACUCGAGAGGUUCAUUUGGUUUUCCAAUUUCCACACUUAAAUGGACCUUUUCUUUAAUUUUCAGUACACUACUCUACUGCUGUUUACCAAUCUCUUUGCUUUGGCAAGUGCUCCAAGUAACAUUUCAUACCUUCACCAAGAUCAUGCUUACGCAAAAGCUCAUGUUCAAGCCGGUGCCCGAUGGGAUCUUUACCCCUUAUGUCUCAUCCGAUCCACAAUUUCCUUCUUGGGUCAUCAUCGAUUAUUUUUCAACCAGUAAUACAGUUGAAUAUGAUGAACCCUUGGGAGCCCUUGGCAGAGUUGAUGAGCCAACACCCACCGUUUCGCUUCCUGAAGAGCUAGCUCCGCCCUUUCCGCCGCUUUCUAACUUUAUUCACCAAGUCAACGACGAUGGUUCCGGUAACGUUAAGCUUCUCGCUGAACAGAACUUAGAGAGAACACUUUUGGAUUUCCAACCACAACUAAAGACUAAUUAAAUUGUAGCUGUUCAAUUAUGGCUUGUAACAAAAAUCGUCAAGAAAAAUGUACUAAGAUCUUCACCACGCAAUAUACCUGGUUCGUGGACCGAAGAUCAGCGGUUCAUGCUAGAUGUGACUGAGGGAUACUUGUGUGAAUCGUUAACCCGAGUUUAUUCCUGUGAUAGAAAGACUAACAACGGCAGCUCGUUUAACCUCAUUGACACCCUUAUCCCGUACAAGACUACUUCGGAAGAGGUGACUUAUCUUCUGAAUAGGCAGGUUUCGGUCUCUGCAUUUCGACUUAGGUGCCCUCAAUGGGCGCCUAAUAUGCAUAUAUACAAGCCUCAUCAUCCAAAGUGUCCGAAACCAAGUGGUUCCAAGGGAAACUAUAUCAUAUGUGGAACUUUGGCAAUACCUGUGUUUGAUCCUUACACUAACCAAUGUGUUGGAGUUUAUGAAGUUGUAAUAUCAUCUGCCGAAAUUGACCUUGCUGUCGUUGAUAUAAUCUGCAAUCUUCUCAAGGAUGUAAACCUUCGUGCAGACACACAGUUUCAUUACCAACCUCGGCAAAGAGUGCUAGCUGAGAUUAUGAAAGUGAUAACCAAGGUAUGUGAGGAUCAUGAUUUGCCUUUGGCACAGACUUGGAUGCCUUGUACAUGUCCUGAUCGAAGCUGCAAUUUGAAGCAACUCUGCAUGUCAAAUGCAGAGUUGCCUUUUUAUAUGAGAGACCCUUCUUAUUACCCCUUUUGGAAAGCCGGUGCCAUGUAUCACAUGACUGAAGGAAAGGCGGUUGCUGGCACAACAUUCUCAUCAAAAGGACUAUGCUUUUGUAGAGACAUCACCCGGUUUCCUGACAAUUUCGCCUUGGUACCUUUGUCACGUCAGUUUAAGAUUAAUUGUUCGUUGGCUGUAUGCUUCGGAAGUGCAUACGCAACCAAUGAUGUCUAUAUCGUCCAAUUCUUUUGGCCAAGAACCUUGAAACACACGAUAGAAGAUGAUGAUCUAAAGGUCUUUUCCAUUACAGCAUCAAUGAAACAACAAUUUGAUAAGCUAAGUAUGGUUUCACCUGUUUAUGAAGAGUUGGAGGCUGAAACUGAGCGAGUUAGUUACCGUACAAAACUCAUCGAUGGUGAGGGUGAUGAAGAAGAUUUUACAUUCUUAUCGAGUACAAUAAUGGCAAGGGACGAGCACAAUAAUGAAGUUGGCACCCGUUCAAAUAUGUCAAUUGAUCAUGAACACCAAUCUAUGAAUCAUAAAAGUGAUGGUGUCAAACGCGAAGUUACAAAAAAAGCUAGGAAGAAAAAGUGCAAUUUGACCGAGGAUGAUUUGUUGCCAUUUCUCAAAGGAACAUUAAAUGAUGCAGCUGACAAACUUGGAAUCUCAGAAUCCACCCUAAAGAGAAAAUGCAAAGAAUUGAACAUCGAGAAUUGGCAAGAUGAACGAAAGAACCAAGGUAUUAGUGCUCCCGUAAGGAAGAGACGAGUAUCUAAAGGUUGUCCAUCUUGGAAGGCUUGUGAUGAUCCAACUUUGUUGAGGAGCUGAUCUCUUUUGAAUGGGUGUGUAAAUAGAUGAAUAAAAUUUCAGAUGAUUAUUAGUUAUUGUAAGAUAAAUUUUGGAUGGAUUAUGUAGUAUGUUUAUGCAGAAAUAUUCCUUUAUUUAGUCAAAAACAUGACGUUAGUACAUCUUUAGUCUUUCAAUGAUUUACCUAGAAGAGUGAGUGUAUUUUGUAAAUAUCUAUGAGAUUAUACUUGUGAUUUUAUGAAUUGUGAUCGAUAAUAUGCAAAAUAAUACUACU